UCCUUUUAAAAUGUACAUAUUUUAUUGUUUUUCAUUAUUAAAAAAAUAUUUAAACAUGUUUUAAGUUCUUCUAUAUACUAAAAUAAUCGCAAUAUUAAUGCCGCAUAAACGAGGGUUAUCUAUUCUAUAAAUAGACUACGCAGAGAGUAAACAUUAAAAUGAGGUCAACCGAAGAUAUUAACUUGUACGGUGUUUGUUUCCGAUUAAGUAAUAAAUCAUUUAUAUGUUUAUUAAUUUAUUUAAAAGUUAUUUAUUUUAUAUCUAUUUAUUUUAUUGAUUUCGUCAUUGUGUUUAAUUUUUCAACAUGCAUGUUUUCAAAAAGAAAAAUUUACUUUUUCCAUAUGUGAUCGGGAUCGGAAUUCAAAAACUAUACACAGGUCAACCGAAGAUAUUAACUUGUACGGUAUUUGUUUCCGAUUAAGUAAUAAAUCAUGUAUCUGUUUUAUCAAUUUAUUUAAAAGUUAUUUAUUUUAUAUCUAUUUAUUUUAUUUAUUUCGUCAUUGUGUUUAAUUUUUCAACAUGCAUGUUACAUAAAGAAAAAUUUACUUUUUCCUUAUGUGAUCGGAAUCGGAAUUCAAAAACUAUACACACGUGGAAAAGAGAACAAAGGAAUUUUCCCGCCUCUUUGACGGAAGACAGCGAAGCGAGACGGUGAAAAUGGCACAGCAAUCUGAGACAUUUACCAAGUGCUUAAAAGUUAUUAAAAAGAGCAAGGCACUGCAGUCAUACACAAAUAAAACAACAAAUAAGGAAAUGGUAUAUUUCAAUGUAGUGGGACUGUGUGGAGAAACUUUCACUCAUAUCAGAGUAUACCAAAAAGCCAAAUACAACCUGAUUAAGGAGGGAACAUCUUUCAAGUUCUCCAAUAUUGUUAAGAAAGAUGAAGAACUUUACUGGGCAACCUCAUCAUCAGUAAUUGCGUAUACCAGUAUUGUGGAGGUCAAUGAAGAAACUGAAAAAAAAAACACCAUCUUUGCCAGAAGAGAGACCAAUUGGGGGAUUAGAACAAGAUUUGAAGGGUGCUUUAAAUUCUCCUGAGAAGUCCACAAUAACAGGAAAGGUUGUCAUGGUGUCCCCACUUCGUUAUCGUCAGGAGGGGACCUUGGCAGUAAGGUCUUUAAUUCUCAAAGACCAGAAAACAACAGCAAAAGUAUGUUUGUUUGCCAAUAAUGCAGAACUGCAUUUCAAUCAUGGAGAUGUUGUCAAAGUGUCUGCUGUCUAUAAAAAGCAGUACAACCAAAGAACGCAGCUGACAUCAAGCCCUGGUACAGUUUGUGAGAUGGUUGGGGAUUCUCUUCAAGUUGAGAUAACCGAAGAAGACAAGCAAAAGGGAAUAGAAGAUCCUGACUUCUCUGAUGUACUACCAGAAGAAAUGCAGACCAAAGACAUCAUAUUGACAGAUUUCACAGACUGUGAUGUCUACCAGUGCUGCGAUAUGCCACCCUGCAGGAGAAAGAAGAUUUCUGGUAAUAAGUGCCCAUUAUGUGGCAAAGAAAGCAACAAGUCUGCAAAAUCGUACAAAGUUCAGUUUCUAUACGAAGUAGACGGGAAAAAAGAUAACAUAGUAACUUUGUUCCAGAACACUAUAGAAAAAAUUAUUAAGGAAAGUGCAGAUUUUGACACCAAAGAGGACAUAAUUUCUACGAUAAUAGAAAAGUUGCCCAUCCGUUUCAAGGCAGCAAUCAGCAACAACAGUUUUGUCAACGUGUCUCAUUAAAGUGACAUUACAGUGAUUAUCUGAGGGGAUUUUUAUUUUUGUCUAAUUAUGAUUGAACUGUAGGAUUUGAAGAAGUUCCUUGAGACAACAUCUUCAUUAAAGGUGCAAUUGAUUUUUUUUUUCUCUGUUGCCAAAUGAUGCAAAUUGUUUUUCUUUUUUUUUGUGUGUCAUAUGACACGUCUUUUUAUAAACAUUUGGCUGAAAAUGAUGUUUUGGUUUUCUUAUACUGUGCUUAGAAACAGCCAGUAACAUGUAUUUUAGAUGGUUGUAGUUAUAACUGACAAUACAGUAUGUAAUUUUGAAGAAAAAAAAUACAUGUUUAAUUUUGAAGUUUGCCAAUUGAAUUUUUUUUCUCUGUUGUCAAAUGAUGCAAAGAAAUUGUUUUUCUUUUUUUGUUGUCAUAUGUCAUGUGCUUUUACAUACAUUUGGCUGAAAAUGAUGUUUUAGUUUUCUUAUACUGUGCUAAGAAACAGUCAGUAACAUGUACUUUAGAUGGUUGUAGUUUUAACUGACAGUACCAUAUGUAUUUUUGAAAGAAAAAAAAAUAUGCAUGCUUAAUUUUGACGUUUUUUGAAUUGUUGCAUAAUGCAAGUAGUUUAGACAAACAUGUAAUAGGCUUUUUGAUAUUAGUCGUAGAAUAUACUGUAGAAAAGGUUUAUUUUUGUCCUUUACUCCCCAUUUGUUCACAUAAAGUGCUUUUAAAAAUAGAGACAAAUUUUAAAAUUCAGUCAACCUGUAAGAAUUUAAAUCUAGUCGAAAUAUAUUGGACAAAAAUAACCAUAUAGUGUAUGUGCAAUGUUCUCUAGUCAUUGUUUACUAAUUAAU